UGAACACGUUAAACAAACAAAGGGCAAAUACUGAUGCCAUCCGAAGGGAACUCCAUUCAUUCAUACGUUCACAUGUACACAAAAUAUGUAAUGCCAUCUCUUUGUGUCUCAAAUAUGAUUUAAUCUUGCCAAAAUAUUCGAAAAAGGCUUUCAAAGAUUUGACACCAUGUGAAGCAGACAUGUACAAUCAACCCACAACAAGUGGUAGAAUUCCGUUAUGAGCUGCAGCAAAUCAUGACAUCACACAAAGAAAAGUACGACCACAACUACGAAGAAAUUGACGAAAUUGGCAAUGGAGCUUACGGCACGGUUUUCAAGGCCAAGGACACCCGCAACGAGGGGGGCUGGGUGGCCAUCAAACGCAUUAAGAUUCAGAAUACAGAGGAGGGAAUGCCCAUGAGUGCCAUUCGCGAGAUCGCACUACUCAAACAGUUGGAAAAUUAUGAACACCCGAAUAUUGUCAGGCUGUUGGAUGUGCGUCAUGCCCAGCAGAGUCCUACUGAAAUCCAGCUCAUGUUGGUGUUUGAAUACAUUGACCAGGAUCUGUCCACUUACCUCCAGCGAUGCCCAAGUCCAGGACUGGGGCCAGAGAGAAUCAAGGAUCUGAUGUUACAGUUGUUAAAUGGAGUGGACUUCCUGCAUGCUCAUCGAAUCGUACAUCGAGAUCUGAAACCCCAGAACAUCCUAGUAACCAGUCAGGGACAGCUCAAACUUGCCGACUUCGGGCUCGCCAGAGUCUAUGCAUUUCAGAUGGCCUUAACCUCUGUUGUAGUGACUCUGUGGUACCGCGCCCCCGAGGUCAUUUUACAGGACACCUACGCCACCCCUGUAGACAUGUGGAGCUGUGGGUGUAUAUUUGCUGAGCUCUUCAACAGGAGACCUCUGUUUUGUGGACAAUCUGAUAUUGACCAGCUAACAAAGAUAUUUGAUGCCUUGGGUCUUCCUAACGAGAGAGACUGGCCAGAAAAUGUUACACUGCCGUACAAUUCAUUUAAAUCUAAACCUCCUCAACCCAUAAGUCACCUUAUACCAGAGAUAGAUUCUGAUGCCAGGGAUCUACUUGAGAAACUGUUGAUAUUCAAUCCACACAAUCGCAUCACCGCUCACGAAUCCUUGCAGCAUCCGUACUUCAAAGACGAGCUGGACGGAAUCCGAACGUCCAGUUCUCUCUCCGAGAGUGAAUCUCUGGACACUUCAGACUGCCGCUCCGACACACCCGUCAGCAAGUGAAAAACUGGUUCUCCAUUAAACUAGUGUUCUCUUUUCCAGACGUCCACGAUUUCCCUUCAUUGAACAAAUGGUCGUUUUUGGAAGGAUGUAAAAAUUGUUAUCUUGUUUUACUAUGGCAUCUCAAAGUCCGAAAUUUAUGCUUUUAUAGAUCUUGAAAUAUGAAAUGUUGUUAUUCAAUUUAUAUGCAUUCAAUUUGUAAUAAUAUGGUUUGUUGACAAUUCCUAUGGCAAUACUGUGAAAGAUCUGUGAUAUUGUUAUACCUUAUACACAGUAAUGAAUUCAAAAUGAAAAAGAGAUACAUGGGUAUAAAAUGCAUAUGUUUUUUGCUUUCACACAUUUUUAAGGACAUAUUUUUAAUGUCUUGAUCUCUUAAAAUUUUGUUCAAAGUUUCCUUGGAGAAAAAUAUAACAUCUCAUUGUGUGGCAGUACCCAAACAAAAAUUUACUUUUAUAGUUAACUACUGGUAAUUGUAAAUACUUUGAUUUACUAUGGCAUAGAAAAAAAUAAUUUGAAAUCCAAAGUAAAAAUACUUUAACUAUACUACUCGAGUUAAAAACUUUGAUGUACUAUAUUUACUGUGGUGAAAACCUUGAUACACUUGUAAACUAAGAUAACUUAAGUACAAGUGUAUUUUUUUGUUAGGGUAUCUGCAUUAAAAAUAUGUAAUCAUGAACGUUUUGAAUAUGUACAUAUGUUAAGUGUAGAUGGUGCAAAAUGCAAACUUUAUUUAGUUCAAUAAUAAUACAUUAUUAACAAAGUCUGUCUUUUAUUAAAUAUUAAUAAUAUAGAACAGAAAGUAAUUAAAUAAAGUCUGCAUGAAUUCUGUAAAUAGAAAUUGGAACUUGUACAAUGAAAUGAUUUGAAUGAAAAUUUGGAGGAAGUAUAGAGCAACUCAAAUUUUGAUACUGUGUUUAUUUAUUAUGAGUGGUUUGCAUUUUAUUUAUUGUAUGUUGUUGAUUUUGAAAUGCAAAACUUGAUUUAGAAUUUUUACUUUGAAGAAUGUUUGCUUGCACAUCUAAAUAAACCAAGUAUUUAUGUUUAUACCCCAAGACUGAAACCUGUUUGCAAUUAUGAAAUUUCUUUUGAGAUAUAUUUGAAUUUGAUUUAUUUUUCCUGUAAGUGCAGGUAUAAUAUGGCCUUGAAUUUGAUAUAUUUCUAUAUGUUUUUCUUUGUAUAUGUUGAUAAUCAUAAUCUUUGAAGGUUGUUAAUUUGGAAUGGCAUAACAAUACAUUCAAACUUUAUUUUCCAGAGGCAUAUGAACAUUUUUGGUCUAGUUUUUUGAAAGAAUAAUUUAUAUGGUUUUUUUUUUUUUUUUCAUCAAUUUAUACUUUUUUUUAGAUAAACUCAUAUCUCAUUUCUUUAUGCAUUUAAAUUUAUCAUAUGAAUGAAAUUUAAAUGGUCUCUAACUCUAAAUGCAAUAAAAUGCAAUUUUUACUCUUGCCAAAAAUAUAUGCGAAGAUCAUGCAUAUUAAAAUAUUAAUGUUACUUUUAUGUAUUACAAUCGUGCUCUGUGAAACUCCUAUAAAAAAAUAAUUGGCUCUCACUUAUAUGGAUUUUUGCAAAUUUUAUAUAAAUAUGCUGCAUAUUUUUCAGCCUAAAAGAAGGGGAAAUAACUAGCUGUUGAUUUUUAAAUUUUAUUUAGAAAGUUUCAGCCAUCCCAUCAUUAAUUCACUUCAAGCUGUUCAUUGGCUUACUAAUAUUACUCCGAGUAGCCCCCAAAGUAGUUUGUCUAAAUUGAAUUCAUUAUAAUCAAAUGCUUUUGUUUAUCUUACAAGGUAGAUAUUCACAUUUUAUAUUAAAAACUUUAUUAAAUUGAUUCUUUAAGUAUUACUUUUACUAUGCGUACAUUGUUUGAGGAAUGAUUAACAUAAAAUAAUCUCAAUAUUCAAGAAAAUUUUAAAAUUUUAGACAGAAUUGUGACUAACUUUGAAGGCAAUUACAUUUUGCAUUCAUCAGAGAUAAAAUAAUUUUGACCUGUCUUUCUUUGAAUUGCGACUUCUCAGGUGAACAAAGAAGGCAAAUUCUGUGCCUUUUGUUGUUAUUUCUUUUUUGUUUCUUGUUGAAACGGACUACAGUAGUCAGUUAUUACUUCAGUGAAAUGAGAAAAUGCAAUGUACAAAAAUGUAAAUACAUAUUACAUGUUGUUUUUUAUUUAGUUCUUUAUUUACUCAUUUUUAUUAUGCCACUUGCAUGUAUGUAGAUAAACUUUUGUACAGAAUGAAAAGUUGAAAAUUUACAUUUGUUUGAAUGUAAGAUGAAGUUAAAUUCUAAGUUACGUUUAUCUUUCUGUGAAAAAAGUCAUACAAUAGCAAUGAACAAAUAUUCAUUUUUGAUGCCCUACAUCUGUGGGUGUCAAAGUUUGACGUUCAAAAAGUCAUUUAUUUGUUACUAUACUCUAACUUACCAUUCCAGCAUCAUAAAUCUGUUUAAAAUUCAAAGAGUUCUCAGCAAACAUUUGUAUCUCAUAUAUAUUUUUUUGUAAUAAUUACUUCUGUCUCUCAUAGUUUUGCUAAAAAAUUUCAUUAUAAAAUGAUAUUUCUUGAUAUUUUUGUUUCAUCUCGGUACAUCUAUAAAAGCAGAUCUCAUUUCUAUGCUAUUGAUGAUACAUUGCCUACAAGACAGCUACUAUUUAAAAUAUUGAUCUGAUUUUUUUUUUAUUCUUAUUAAAGAAAAAAUAAAAUUGUUCAAUCCAGUAGACAAAUAGAUAAUAGUUCAUUCUCAGUGACAACUUUUUUUCUUUGUUACGAUAUGUUUUGUUUCUAAUUAUAGUCUCAAAGAUUAGAACUAAAAUACUUUUUCUUUUCAUGCAAUUAACCCAUCUUUGAACAAAAUUAGACCAGAAUAUAUAGAAUUUUUUUUAAUUCCCUGUUUCUUCCAAUAAUCGAUGUGUUACAGUAGUUAUUUUCAAAUCAUCAGCAACAUUUUUAGUUAUUCAAUGUUGUAAUGUUGUUCUAAAGGGUAUAGUUGUGGGUAAUUUCCCUUUGUUUAUGACUGUUCAACAUCUACCAUAAGAUUAAGGGACCAACGCUUACUUUGAUACUGCGAUUUUCCAUUUAAAAAAAUUAAUUUCUUUAAAUGUUUGAAUGAUUCAUUAAUUAUUGUUAAUUUAAUUUUAUUUGUGUGAAUUGAUUUAUGUUUGGAGUUCUAAAUGUUAGCACAUAAGGCAUUCACAAUUUGCUCAUAUCUUAAUCACAAAAUUACACAACGUCAUGUAAAAAAAUGUAUAUAUAUGUUUUGUCUAUUGAUAUGCAAGCAUGCCUAUAUUUUUAUGUUUUAAGGUAUUUUUAUACAAAUUGUGGCAUUUUUGUAUGAUAUAAACAAUAAAUAUAAAAAGCACACAAAUGCUAUGUACUUCUCUAAUUAGAAAGUAUU